AUGCAUCUCGUUGAUUGGGAACAGGCUGAGGCCACUGUGCGUCAAUUCUUGGAAAAGCACGUUGGGAGGAUGGUCGUGUUUAUUACCAGCGGCGGCACUACCGUACCCCUGGAGAAGAAUACGGUACGCUACAUUGACAACUUCUCGAUGGGAACCCGUGGUGCCAGCAGCGCAGAGUACUUUUUGAAGGCCGGCUAUGUCGUUGUAUUCCUUCAUCGUCAAGGGUCCCUAAAACCAUUCCAACGGAAUUUUACCGAUAUUUUUGAUUCGAUGCAGGUGGAGGAUGGAAAGGCUGUUUGCAAAGCUGCCGGAAUUGAAAAAGCUGUUUUGGAAAGUCAAAAAUAUAAGGACGAUCUUUGUAUGGUUCACUUUGUGACGAUUGAUGAUUAUCUCCAUAUGCUCGAGAGUCUCAGCUCUCUUCUUGCAAAAUUUCACAAAAAGGCGGUGCUUUACCUCGCCGCUGCUGUCUCGGAUUUUUAUAUCUCUCAAGAAAAAUUGCCAACGCACAAGAUUCAAUCGUCACAGGGUGAUCUCAGCCUUUCGCUGUCAGUUGUGCCGAAAAGGCUUGGUGUUUUGGUCAGCAAGCUUGUUCCCGACGCCUAUAUGGUGUCUUUCAAGCUGGAAACCGACGAAUCGAUUUUGAUCUCAAAAGCUCGUGGGGCGAUCGAAAAGUAUGGGCACGAGUUGGUGAUUGGGAAUAUGUUGAAUGUUAGGAAAAAGAAGGUUGUCGUUGUCGACAAAGAUACCGAGGCCCCAAUCGAACUCACCGAUCAGGAACUAAAAAAUGGAAAGGAAAUCGAAGAACCAAUCGUCGCGGAAAUCGCCAAGCGCCACCACGAAUUUAUGGCUGCA